ACUCGAGGACAGUAAACGCAUCUCGAUUUUGUUACCUGUGCAAUGAAAGCAUCUAGCCACUGGAUGGCAGUGUUUCAAUAUUGACCAUUUCCGAGCAGUGGUUGUUUUAGUCACUGUUUUAGUCACCCCAAUGGAAUUGGGGGAAAACGUAUUUAGUCUCAAAAUGUCCAAGAAAAGUUAAUGCAGAGGGAAGGUAAUUUAAUUAGAGCUGGGAAAGCAAAUACAUGUUUGUGCUUAAUGGAGACAAGCCGCAUUAAGACAGACUUGUCUGUCAGUGAGGAGUUCUUAAUGUGGCCGCCAUGCACGGGACGACAAGGGAGAAGGACAUCUUCAGUGAGGUGGAGUUCAAAGAGAGGGAACGGUGGAAGAGAGAGGGAUAGAGGGAAAAGUGGUGAAGGGUGUGGUUUCAUCCUGGCACAUCAUGCUCCUCCUCCCUCUGUCCUGGUUUCCCUUCAGUGAACUCUGAUGUGUCUCAUCCAUCAGAGUCAGUUUUGUCUUGGAUGGUCUGGGUCCAGCAGUGUGAUGACAGCACCAGAAGCCAAGUGCAGGUGACCGUGGAAUCUGUCUCCCUCUCGUCAUGAAUGUAACUCCUAAUAGCUGUACGGCAGAGAUGCCGUAUGGAUACCAACCCCGUCUUAAAGGGCUGUACAUUGCCAUGGAGCUCAUUAUUGCCAUGCUGGCCCUCAUUGGAAACUUCUUGGUUUGCCUGGCUGUUAUUCGCAACAAGAAGCUUCGCACUGUCACCAACUACUUUCUGCUAUCAUUGGCAGUGGCAGACAUCCUGGUGGGCCUGGUGGCCAUUCCCUGUGCAGUGCUGACAGACCUGGGUCAACCUCGCCAUAACCUUCCCCUCUGCCUAGUGCUGCUCAGCAUCCUGAUGGUACUCACUCAGAGCUCCAUCUUAAGCCUGCUAGCAGUGGCUGCAGAACGCUACAUGGCCAUCCUUCUGCCCUUCCAGUACCAGCGCAUGAUGAGCCCCAGGAACGCCCAGUUGGCCCUGCUGGUCACCUGGGGCCUUGGGGCCAUCUCUGGUUCUGUGCCACUCAUGGAUUGGCAAAGACAACCAGCAGACUCUGACUACUGUAUCUUUACCUGUGUGGUGGACAUGAGCUACAUGGUUUACUUCAACUUCUUCUGCUGCCUCUUGGUACCUCUGGUGGCCAUGUUCAUCAUCUACGGCCGCAUCUUCCUCACCGUUCGCCGCCAAGUCAGGCGCAUUGCUGUGGCCAGGGGAACCGCAAAGAGCAUGAGAGCUCCUGGCUGUGGGAGCAGUGGGACUGGGACAGAGGACACUGGGAGUUCGGGUGUAGGAGGAAGCAUAGAAGAGGAAACAGACCUGGGGACAGGAAAAGGAACGAGCAGACAACCCAAGGAAAAGUUUGGCAGUGGGUCCCUUAUUGAAACUGAGACCACCGCUGUUUUUACAAAGCACAAGUUCAAGAUCGCCUCAGCUAUAUCUACAAGCAUUAGCUCUGCCUCCACUGAGCACCAUCUGGGAGAGACCAAUGUGGCCAAAUCCAGCACCCACACCUGUCAGGAGGUGCGGAAGGCCACCUCCCUCUUCCUGGUCCUGUUUCUCUUCAUGGUCUGCUGGCUGCCUAUUCACCUCAUUAACUGUGUCCUGCUGCUCUGCCCACAAUGUGAUAUCCCCAUGUCUCUUACACUUGGAGCCAUUUUACUUUCCCAUGCCAACUCAGCCCUAAACCCUAUCCUGUACGCAUACAGGAUGAGGUCAUUCCGACACACUCUGAUAGGAAUGUGGAGAGGAAUGUGGAAUAUCAGGCCAAAAUGACAGUAGAGAAGCACUGGGGGUCACAACAGCAAAUAGUUCUACAAAUCACGUUGCUCUCGAUUAGAACAAACAAGCACCAAAUGCAAUUUCUGUCAUGCAAUCAUGACCAAAAUAAAAAAAAAAAUUUGUGCAUUAAUGUUUUUUAGCCACUUGGGAGCAGUGCAACAAGCUGUAAAAUUAACAUUGACAUAUUAUCAUAUUAUAAAGUUGAUGUGUGAGUAAAUAGUUGCCCUGCUUGCCCACAAAGUUAUAUUAGCUUUUAUUUGGAGUUAUGUUUCAGGCAACCACACAAAUGCGAAUCAAAUAUUCAGUCUCUUUUUAAAGCCGACAGGGAUGUCAUUAGCUAUGCAGGUAUUUGGAAGUAUGAGGCAAAGUAAAAGUUGAUGAAGCACCAGAAGAAAUGUCAAGGGAUCACCAAGGUUAUAACAAUUCAAUGGGGUGGAACAUGAAUAUCUGGACUGGUUUAUCCAUCUAAUGAUUGUUGACAUAUUUCAUUCUGCAUAACACUGGUGUAGCCACACCGCUAAUGUGACUAAAAUUACAUUUUAUCAUGUUCUACUGUGAAACUUUGGGUCCUGACAUUCAUCUGGAUGUUACUUUGACACAUUACUAAACAUUGUUGUCGACCAAGCACGCGAUGGCAACAAUACUCCCCAAUGGCAGGGGCCUCCCCAGUGGGACAUUGCUCCCACCACACCACAGAAACUGCUCGAGGAACAAAGACAGAGGUGUUGACCUGGCCUCCAAACUCCCAACAUCCAGUUUGGUCUACAACAAUGUUUAGGUGGGUGGUACUAACAGAGUAAAAUCCAAAUGAAUGUCAGGACCCAAGGUUUCCCAGAAUAUUGUACUGUAAGGAAAUGAUCAAUGUUACUCAAUUCAUUCGUCAGUGGUUUUAAUGUUGCGGCUGAUGGGUGAUUGUUGUUUGCUUGAACCAAACUGUAGAAGACAUUGGAUCAGAUAGUUUGUGCCACUAGGGGUUAUUGUUAGUUGCUUAUAUUGCUUUGCAGAUUUCGAUUUACAUCAUUUGCAAACCAUGUGUAGACCAUUUAAAAAGGUUUCAAUGCUAAUGAUAAAUAAGCUUCAAACUACACAAAAUAUUUAUUGUUAAUCAUUACAUCUGCUAAACAAGAUUUGACUGUUAACAGAGGAGCUCUAACAAAUGGAAUUUGUCACAUUUUAUUAAGACCAGUAUUUCACCUGGAUGGACCAAUCAUACAGGAAGACAUUUUCUAAAGGAUUCAAACUGGAACCAUCACAGAGGGAAGAGACAGACAUGAAGAUGCUGUCAGGUCUUCAGCUGCUGUCGUCUUCUCCUCCUGCACAGACAACAACACGCAUUGAUCACACAAACUCAUCUUGUGUGAAUUACCUGGAGGCCUGUGUCCUGGUCUCAAAGAACUUCUUCAUUGUGUGAAGACUCUCUGUGAUCGUGGACAAAGUGGAGACACCUGGAGUAAACGCACAAAGGAAAAUGAUCAAUACACUACUGCCUAUUCCUCAUCAACAGUUCAACAUUACAGCUGAAACUGAACAUUUAACUAAAUAUUUUUAUGCCUGACUAUAAAGUGACUUAUUUCUAUUUUGGAUUACUAUUACUUCUACUGUUACUUCUAAAAUUAGAUUACUUUUACCAUUACAUACUACUUCUUAAUUUACAUUUAACUUUUGCUGUUUCAAACUACAUCUAGUAACAGAUUACUUUGACUUGUAUUUCACUUCUUAUUUCAAACAGUGCAAUAUCAGUACUCAAAUCCAACUAUCACUCUGUACACAGUCUUGUAUAUAUGAUGCCCUUUUCUAUUGUUGUUGUUGUGACUGAUUAUGAUUAUGUUACUCAAAUAAAUACUUCUAAAGAAUA